AUGGAUUCAUCAGCCUCCAUUUCACAUAGUCACCAGCUUCCUUCUCCUCCAAACCAGAUGACGCUACAGCAAACCAAUUUGUGUGCAUCAUCUAGUUCUAUAUACCUUCAUGUGAUUCUUCUCUUUUCCACAUGCCUACUCUGCUUGCAGACCACCAUUACAGCCAUUGCUCUAACAAACGAGACUGAUCGUUUGGCUUUGUUCAAAUUCAAAGAAUCUGUACCUCAAGAUCCCUUUAACAUGUUGAGCUCAUGGAAUGAUUCUAUGAACUUCUGCAACUGGCAUGGAAUCACAUGCGACCGUCAGCACCAAAGAGUCACAGCCUUGAACCUAGAGGGCUAUAAGUUACAUGGAUCCAUAUCACCUAAUAUUGGAAACCUCACCUUUCUUAGGUUGAUCAACCUCCAAAAUAACAGCUUCUAUGGCGAAAUUCCACAAGAAGUCGGUCAUUUAUACCGACUACAACAGCUCAAUCUCAACAAUAACACAUUGGAAGGGGAGAUUCCAUCCAGCUUGUCCAACUGCUCCAAUCUCAGAGCAUUCGGAAUUGGGAUAAAUAAAUUGUCAGGUACAAUCCCUUCCUCUCUUUACAAUGUGUCAUCUCUCCAAAUCUUGUCAGUUGCAGUCAACCAACUUAAUGGCACACUUCCACUUAACAUAGGCCUCAAUCUUCCUAACCACCAUAAAUUAUAUCUUGGAUCCAAUGAAAUAUCUGGAACUCUUCCCGCAUCAUUAGGGAAUCUUGUCAACUUAAUUGUCUUGACCUUAAGUGAAAACAAACUGUCAGGAGAAAUACCGAAAAAAUCAAAAAAGAAAUCGCCUUCUAUGGUUUCAACAAUAGGCCUCCUUCUGAAUGUUUCAUACAAAGAACUUUAUCAGGCGACUUGUGGAUUCUCUCUAAGUAAUUUAAUUGGAUAUGGGAGUAUUGGUGUUGUAUAUAAAGGAGCUCUUGAUCAAGAAGAAAGACUAGUUGCUAUAAAGGUCCUUAACCUUCAACACAAGAGAGCUUCCAAAAGUUUCAUGGUUGAAUGCAAUGCAUUACAAAACAUUCGGCAUCGAAAUCUUGUUAAGAUAUUAACAUGUUGCUCUAGCAUGGAUUACAGUGGGAAUCAAUUCAAAGCUCUAGUCUUUGAAUUCAUGACAAAUGGAAGCUUAGAUAUUUGGCUACAUCCCGAGAGAGACAACAAAAAUCAAUCAAGUAACUUAAGCCUUCUUCAAAGACUAAAUAUUGCAAUUGAUGUGGCUUCUGUAAUAGAUUAUCUUCAUAACCAUUCUACACAACCAGUCAUUUAUUGUGAUUUAAAGCCAAACAUUAUUCUUCUUGAUAAUGAUAUGGUUGCUCAUGUAAGUGAUUUUGGCUUAGCAAGACUCCUCCCAACCACUAAUGAUUCUUCUCAAAAGCAAUCUAGUACAAUUGGGAUAAAGGGAUCAAUUGCCUAUGCUGCUCCAGAGUAUGGCAUGGGUGGUGAGGCUUCAACAGAGGGGGACGUGUAUAGCUACAGGAUAUUUCUACUAGAGAUGUUCUUGGGGAAGAGACCCAUUGACGAAAUGUUUAAAGAUGGUCUCAAUCUCCAUAAUUUUGCUAAAAUGGCAUUACCAGAAGGGCUUGUUCAGAUUGUAGACCCAAUCCUUCUACCAAGAGAAGUUGAAGAAAUGCAAACAUCAACAUUGGCUAGAGAAGAUAACAACAAAAAUGAAAUUCAAGAAGACAAAGAAACUCUUGAUAUUGUGAACCUUUGCCACAUUGAUGCCAAUCUGCAUAAGUGCUUAGUCUCGGUCCUUGAAAUUGGACUUGCCUGUUCAAUGGAGUCGCCAAAAGAAAGAAUGAAUAUGGAGGAAGUUACUAGAGAAAUGCAUUUAAUUAAAAAUGCCUUUCUUGGUUCCAAGAUCUGUAGAGGUGGACUUAUCUAG